CCGAAAAACCAAACGAAACAGAAGAAAGUACUUUCUCUCUCUCUUUCAAAACCCCAAACCCUCGAAGCCCCCACACACGAGAUCUUUCGAAGGUCGGUUAUUGAAUGGAUGAGGCUAAAGAGAAAGGCGGUUCCCUGAGUGUUGCUACAGAAUCUUCGUUACUGUUAGUGAAACUGUUGUUGAGACAGAGGGUCAAAUUCCCAUGGAGGAAGGAGGGGAAGAGGGUCCUAGUAAUGGAGAUGAUAUAAUGGUGGAAGUUCUGGGUUCUCAUGUUUAUGUAGAUGGUAUUUGUACUACUGAUGGGGGAGAUGGAGGUAUGAUUGGGACUGGUUCAAAUGAUGAAGCGGUUCAUGGUCCUGGUGACUCUGGCGGUGUUAUGGAGGGUAAUCUGCUCAACUUAAAUAGUGAAGGCGACGAAGAUGGUGAUUUGGGUUCUAGGAGUGAGGUUUCUGGUGGUGAAGCUGGAAGGGAUGAAGGUGAGGGAGAUGCAAAUCGAACUUUGGAGGUACAAAAAGUUGGUGAUUUGUAUGGUAAUGACUUAAACCGUGGAGAACAGAAAGAUGUCGAAUGUUCAUCCGUUGAAUCCAAAGAUUCAACGGUGCAAACUAAAGUUGUUGAGGAAGCUGCAAUGAUGAUUGAUGCGGACAAUUUGAAUACUCUGGAUGGUUCUUGUGAAACUAUAUCUGACGCAAAGAAGGAAGCUGCUGAUGUUGGUGUAGAUGCUAACUCAUCAGAUUUGAAGACACAGAUUACUGCAAAAGAUGUUCACCAUUCCGAGGCUAAAGAUGUGGUUUAUUCAUAUCAAUCAACUGAAUCGGUUGUUGAAAGUGGAUUGGAUGAGAAGGUUAACACAAACAAGGAAACUGACAAGCAAGGUGCUGAUUUUGAACAAAGGCAUAUGGAAGUUGAUAUUCCUCGUAGCUCUGAAAAUCAUGCAGGAAAUGACCGAAGCAUAAAGUCUGCAACAGUAAUUGAUGGAGCAGAAAAAGUUGAUUCAAGUCUUGGGGCUGCAAUGGAUGUUGAAAAGCAGGUUCCUGAUUCAAAAAAUGAUGGUUUUGAUGCUGAUAAAGAUGUUAAAGUGGAAGAAAAGUCUGUUGAAAUUGAGACAGUGGGUGUUGUCUCUGAAAACCAUGAAGCCUCAAAAUCUGAUAACAAUAUUUCGAGCCAAGUACAUUCCUCAUAUUCUUUGGGAAAUGAAGAUCUGCUAGCUGAGAAUGCAGCUUCUAAGGAUGAUUCCAGGGUAGCACAAGAUAUGAAUGUUGAAGAACAAGUUUCUGGUGACGAACAUGAUGGUUUAGACCAAUUGCAAGAAAUGGAAGUUGAAGAACACGAUUCUGAUCCUGAACAGCCAAUCAAUUUCGAUGAAAAUACUGUUACACGAAUGGCUCUGAGGUCUGCGAGUGCAAUAAAGGUGCAUCAAGCUAGGUACCCGCUGCCGUCAGAGGAAGGCGAAUUGUCUGUUUCUGAUUUAGUCUGGGGAAAGGUGAGGAGCCAUCCAUGGUGGCCAGGACAGAUCUUUGAUCCUUCAGAUGCUUCUGAGAAGGCGGUUAAGCAUCAUAAAAAGGAUACCUAUCUGGUUGCCUACUUCGGGGAUCGGACAUUUGCUUGGAAUGAAGCUUCUGUUUUGAAGCCAUUUCGACCACAUUUCUCUCAGAUUGACAAGCAGAGUAAUUUAGAAGCAUUCCAGAAUGCAGUCGAUUGUUCUUUGGAAGAAGUGUCUAGACGGACAGAGUUAGGAUUAGCUUGCUCUUGCAUACCUCAGGAUGCUUUUGAUAGAAUAAAAUUCCAAAAGGUUGAGAAUGCAGGUGUUCGGCAAGAAUCAAGUAUAAGAAAUGUUGAUAAGUCUUUGAGUGCUAGUUCUUUCGAACCUGAUAAAUUAGUUAACUAUAUGAAAGCAUUAGCAGUCUCUCCAGCUGCUGGGGGUGAUCGACUUGACCUUGUGAUUGCUAAAGCGCAAUUGUUAGCUUUCUAUCGUUUAAAAGGUUAUCAUCAGCUGCCUGAAUUCCAAUUCUGUGGAGAUUUAAGUGAAAAUGAAACAAAUACCUCACAUUCUGAAAAGAAAAUGCAUUUCGGUGAGGUAAUUGAGCAUAGUACUCCUUUGGAUACCGAUGGUGAGCAAAUUUCCAGUGGCCAGGAAACCUCAAAAACUAAGAGAAGCUAUUACCUUAAGCGUAAGCAUAAUCUGAAGGAUGGGUUGUAUCCUAGUAAAAAGGAAAGAAGCUUGACUGAAUUAAUGGGUGAGACAUUUGAUUCUCCUGAUGCUGAAAAUGGGCCUGACGGGAUGGCUAAUAAGCUUCCUUCAUCAUCAUUUGGAAAGAAAAGAAAAGCUGUUGAUUCCUUUGGGGACUCGAUGCAAGACGAGAGGAAGACAGUUUCUCUUGCCAAAGUGUCUCAAACUCCACCUCAUUUCCCAAACCCUUCCUUUAAGAUUGGUGAAUGCAUCCGCAGAGCUGCAAGUCAAAUGACGGGAUCUCCAUCGAUUCUGAAGUCCAGUGGUGAUAUGUUACUGAAGAUUGAUGGAGGCAGUGAAAAUCCCUCUACAGAUGGAAUUGAUGUUCCCAUCGAGAAUUUCAAUGAUGCACUGCAAAAGAUGACGAGUUUUAUGUCAAAUCACUCAUCACUAGAGGAGUUGUCAUCACAACUUCGCGAGGCAGCAUGCGAUCCAAGGCGAAGUUCUUUUAGUUUAAUGGCCAACUUCUUCUCUAACUUCAGAGAUUCAAUUGUUGUGGAUCAACCUCCUGGGGACAAAGUAGGUGACAAAAGGAAAAUGUCCCCCAUUUCUAUUUUUGGUUCUCCAGAAACUUUUGAGUUUGAGGACAUGAAUGAUACUUACUGGACUGACAGAGUAGUUCAAAAUGGUUCUGAAGAGCAACCGUUACAUGGAAAUGGAAGGGGACGAUUUCAAAUAGUGCCUAUUCAAUUAGAGAAGCCACUUCAAAAAGGCCGUAAUACUCGAAAAAGGUAUUCCGUUGGUAAUAACAAUUUGACCACUCAGAAACCCCCGGGCUAUGUUGAUGAGAGGGCUCCCGCAGAACUUGUCAUGAAUUUCACUGAUGUUAACUCUGUCCCUUCGGAGACAAAGCUAAAUAAGAUGUUCAAGCACUUCGGACCGUUAAAGGAAUCUGAAACAGAAGUUGAUCGCGAAACCAGCCGUGCAAGAGUUGUUUUUAGAAGAUCGUCUGAUGCUGAAGUUGCCUACAAUAGUGCUGGAAAGUUCAACAUCUUUGGGCAUGUGGCUGUAAAUUAUCAACUCAACUACACUGUAUCUGAAUCAUUCAAAGCUUCAUUGUAUGCUCCAACCCUAGCUGAGGAGAAUCCACUCAUGUCUUCAUCUCUAUGUGGGGAUCAUGCUCUUGUUGCCUCAACCCUGGGCGAUGGAGGUUCACACUUUCCUCCAAGCAUAGGCGAGGAAGCUUCAUUUAUGGUUUCAACCCUCGGUGAGGAAACUUUACCUAUUGCUACAACUUUCCAUGAGGAACUUCAGUCAACCUUUGGUGAGGGCAGUAUGGCCAUUCCGACUACCUUAGGCAAUCAAACGUCAGACGUCGACACAAGCAUGUAUGAGGAGACUUCACCCAUUGCUACAAGCAUGUAUGAGGAAACAUUACCCAUCCCCACGAGCAUGUAUGAGGAAACAUUGCCAAUUGCUACAACCGAUGUUGAGGGAACAAUGGAUAUUGCAACAACUAUUGGUGACCAAACUUUGAUGGUUGCUACAACUGUAGGUGAGCAAUUUUCAACAGCGGUCACAACUGUUAGUGAGCAGACCUCAACGGUUUCAACAUUUGAGGAAGCUUAUCCCUUCUCCACAACUUUGAGCAAAGAAACUUCAACCAUCACCACAAACUUGGGAGAGGAAACUUCAACGGUUAAUGUAAGCUUGGUUGAGGAAAAUUCAGGAUUCGGUACCGAAGGUCAAGAAACUUCAAUGGUUAAUGUAAGCUUGGGUGAGGAAAAUUCAGACUUCGUUACUGAAGGUCAAGAAACUUCAAGCAUUCCCACAGCUUUUGGUGAAGAAACUCCUGCCAAUCCUGUGACCUUAGCAGCAGAAAAUCCUAGUAUUCCCAGAACCUCAGGUGAAGAAACUCCAGCUAUUCCCUUGGUCGAAGAAACCCCUAGUGUUCCCAGAACCUUGGGUGAAGAAACUCCAGCCAUCCCUGUGGCAGAAGAAACCCCUAGUACUCCCACAACCUUAGGUGAAGAAACUCCAGCUAUUCCCUUGGCGGAUGAAACCACUAGUAUUCCCAGAACCUUGGUUGAAGAAACGCCAACUAUUCCACUGGUCGAAGAAACCCCUAGUAUUUCAAGAACCUUGGAUGAAGAAACUCCUGCCAUUCCCUUGGCAGAAGAAACCCCCAGUAUUCCCAGAACCCUGAGUGAAGAAACUCCAACCAUUCCCUUGGCAGAAAAACCCCCUAGUAUUCCUAGAACCUUAGGCGAAGAGACACCAGCUAAUCCUGAAACUUUCAGUGAAGAAACCCGGUCCAUUCCUCCAACCUCAAGUGGAGAAAGUCCUACAAUUCCUCCAACUUCCAGGGAAGAAACUCCUACUCUGCUUCCAACCUUCAAUGAAGAAACUCCUACCAGUCCCAUAACCUUGGGUCAGGAAACUCAGACCACUCCUACGAUGAUUGAGGAAACCACAAUUCCUGCAGCCUUGCAUGAAGAAACUCCGUCUAUUUUGACGACUUUGGUUGAAGAAACUCCAACUACCACAAACUUGGGUGAUGAAACUCCAACCCGUCCCACAACCUUUGGUGAAGAAUCUGCAAAUAUGCCGACAACCUUGGCCGAGGGAACUUCGACUAUCCCGACAACCUUGGGUGAGGAAGCUUCAACUGUUCUCACAACUAAUGGUGAGGAAACAUCAACUGUUUCUACAAAUACUGAAAUGGAGUCGUCUCCCCCUGAAGUGGCUGGAAGCAAGGAACAUUCAACUUAGUAUCUCCACUGCAAAAUUUACUUGGAAAUUUCAGUCGAUAUAGGGGAGAACAUACCCUGAGGUUCAGGUGUCAGCGUGUGGCUCUGGUAGGCGUUUGAUUCAACUUGUGACUGAAGAAGGCAACCGAUGGCCCUUCAGCUUGGAUUUGUUUUUUCUUGAAUUAUGCUAUAAGCUGCAUGCGUGUAGCGUUACACGCAUGCUCCGACUAGUGGAAUGUAAUAGCAUUUUUAGAUGAUUUGACGUAUCCAUGGAAUGCUGUCCUUGAAGACUAGGAGAAUUGCAUUGUAGAAUCAUAUGGCUGCGCGACGGAUGAUGAGUUUUUGACUUUCAGCCAUUAUGCGACUUCGCCGCAGCAUCAGCUUCAUCCUUCCCUUUCUCGUGCAUUUCAGUCGGCAUGGGAAAAUACUGCUAUGAUCAGUACGGGUGGCAUAAUGGUGUAUUUACCUAAUUUUGAAUGCUAAAACAUGAUGUAUGGGGGACUGCAAGGCUUUGGCUUGAAUAGAA